UAGGAACCCUGCCCUGCCCUGACUGUGGAAUUAUCAUGAGUCAUAGCUUUGGGGCUGAGGCCAUGGGAAGAAACCAUUGUGUGACGAGGGAGGAGGGAGGAGGCAGCUGUCAGCCCGGGCCUACACCAGGGAGACCUGAGCAAGUGGGGCCAAGGGGUGGGUGUAAGGUGGGCACAGCAGGGGUGCCUGGCAGGCUAGGGUCCUGGUGCUAGCCUUCCCCAAGGGCUGGGCAACAUUGCCCUUAUCCUGCCAGCUGCCUCCCAUGGUAUGAGGGCUCUGAUGCAUUGUGCUAGCCAGCGGGGCCCACAGCCCCACAGUGGUAGAUCUGAGGCCUUUGCAGAGUCACGAGGAGGUAAUGCUGGGGAGGGACAGACCUGGCCUGCUGACAGCAGGGCGGGCCUCACUUAGGACAGCCUAUAGGCGGCUCACACUCUGUUUCACUUCCCGCCACUGCUGCCAGCAAGAACCAGCCAGACUGCACCCUGAAUCACUGCUGCCUGACUGCUACUUGGCUCAGCGGCAGGCACCGAUCAUGGGCUCGCAGGCCCCAGCCCAGGGUCCCGUGCAGACCCUCAUCUUCUUGGACCUGGAGGCCACUGGCCUGCCUUCCUCUCAGCCCAAGGUCACGGAGCUGUGCUUGCUGGCUGUCCACAGAUGUGCCCUGGAGAGCUCCCCCACCCCUCAGGGGCAACGUCCCACAGUGCCCCCACCACCCCGGGUGGUAGACAAGCUCUCUCUGUGCGUGGCUCCAGGAAAGGCCUGCAGCCCAGAAGCCAGUAAGAUCACAGGCCUGAGCACAGCUGUACUGGCAGCACAUGGGCGUCAACGCUUCGAUGCCGACCUGGCCAACCUGCUCCAAGCCUUCCUACGGCGCCAGCCACAGCCCUGGUGCCUUGUGGCACACAACGGUGACCGAUACGACUUCCCCUUGCUCCAGGCAGAGCUGGCUGUCCUAGGCCUUGCCAGCAUUCUGGAUGGUGCCUUCUGUGUGGAUAGCAUUGCUGCCUUGAAGGCGCUGGAGCAAGCUGCCAGCCCCUCGGAGCAUGGCCCAAGGAAGAGCUACAGCCUCGGUAGCAUCUACACACGCUUGUAUGGGCAGGCCCCACCAGACUCCCACAUGGCCGAGGGUGACGUCCUAGCCCUGCUCAGCAUCUGUCAGUGGAGGCCACAGGCCCUGCUACAGUGGGUUGAUGCUAAUGCCAGGCCUUUCAGCACUGUCAAGCCCAUGUAUGGGGUCACAGCCUCUGCUGGAACCAACCCAACACCAUCUGCCACCACAGCCACUAUACCCCUGGCUAGAGCCAGGGACACUAGUCCUAACAUUGGCAGGGGCAGGAAGCCCAAGACCCUUCCUCCCAUGGAGGGCCCUGAAGCCUCACCCAGGGAGGGAUUGCUGGCCCCACUGGGCCUGCUGGCCUUCCUCACCUUGGCAAUAGCCACACUGUAUGGGCUCUCCCUGGCCACACCUGGGCAAUAGUCCAAGAAGGAAAGUCUAACUAAUAAAGACCCCCUACACACACACACAGCA